AUGGACCGGCAAUUACGAUUGGACACCUCCUUUGGUGUGGGAGCUCAAAGAUACUCUUUUAUUGAGACGCCGUUAGAAAUGCAACCUUCGGGACAAAGGAUAGAGCGACAAGUACCGCUGCCAGAGCCAGAGCCAGAGACCGGAGAAAAUGCUUGUCCAAUUCAGCAGCAGGUCACCGCAACGGAAGACGUUCAACCAUUGUUCAAUGAGAAGGCUCAACUUCAGCAUGAGCCUGCUGCCUCUGUCUACGGCGGUGGUCCGCCCAUUGGGCAGCACCCUGCGCAUUAUGCUCCCUAUGCGGAGGAUGCACCACAACAGGCGCAGUUUGAUACCGCUGCACCAGCAUACUCGUACAGCGCUCGCCCCGAUCCACCGGGACCACUUCCAGUCAAGACAGACCCUGAAGCCUCAGGACAAUUCUCGGAGUAUCGAAAGAUAACUGUUGCGCCUGACGAGAACCCAUUACAUUCUCCCCACUUGCCACGCUUUCCUCCACCGAUCGUGACCAGCGCGCCACACACAACUACGCUAAUGUCCUAUCAUCAACCGGGACAGAUUGCACAUCCCAACCAGGUUGUCAAUGGUGGAACCUGGAGUCACGGUUUAUGCGAAUGUUCUAGCAUUGGGACAUGUUGUCUUGGACUUUUGUGUCCUUGUAUACUCUACGGGAGGACGCAGUAUCGCCUUUCGAUGAAAUCGAAAAAAGAGAACCCAACCAAUAUGCUAGGCUACGAAACAUGCAACGGCUCGUGUACGGCCAUGGCCUUGCUAUGCGGAUGCCAAUGGCUGCUGGCUACGGUGCAGCACACACGGACACGCAAAGCGUACGGUAUUAGAGGCAAUGUUGGGUCCGAUUGUGUGCGAGCGACAUGCUGCACAUGUUGCACGCUCAUACAAGACGAAAAGGAAUUCAAGACGCGGGAAGAAGAGCGAGAAAGAGCUGCUAGGGCCACCGGGCAGGCGCUGGUAUCACCAUAUGCAGCGCCCCUGCAGAUGUCCUAUGGCCAGCCGCCGAGAUAA